AUGUGUAGUUACUUGCUUAAAGGAGUAUCUUUUUCUGUGAACAACAAUAAUGCCUCCAUUCAAAUUCUGACUGCCUCCAACUACAAGAAGUGGAAACGAGAUCUGGAAUUUAGUUUGGGAAUAAUGGACUUGGACUUCUGGUUGCGAGAAGAUAAACCUGAUGCUCCUACUGAUUCAAGUACUACUACCCAGAGAACUCUCUAUGCACAAUGGGAAAAGUCAAAUCAUCUUAGUCUCAUUACUAUGAAGAGAUCAAUUCCUGAACAUAUAUUGAGUGGUUUGCUAGACACUGAUGCCAAAAUGUUUUUCAAAGUUGUGGAAAAAAUGUGUAACAUUGGUGAGAAUGUAGAAGCUCGACAUCUCAUGGAUGAAAUAACAACCAUAAAGUAG